AUGGGUAGAGGUGACUAUAACUUUUGGCCACCACCUAUUGAAGGGCUGGACUAUGACCUUGAAGGCCCUUCAGCAGACUAUUUGAUGGACGUGUCAGAUAUUUAUGAACAAACAGUAUAUGAAGAUAUCCAUGUUUCAACAAAUGAAUGGACGAUUGUCGAUAAAGACGAAGCUGUUUUGUAUUUACCAAAACGACAAGAAUCAUUGAGUGUAACACUUGGUAUUGAGGAAAAGAAAACAGUUGAUUUGCCCACUUUUGGAUCUAUCAAAUUAGACGAGAAUUUUCAAUUCAAAAGAGGAUUUGUGGUUAAUUCAGGAAUAAAUGUAUGGGGAUUAGAUUUCGUACCUAAAUCAAUUCAAUGCGCUGAUCCUUUGACUCAAUAUUUGGCAAUUUCUGGCUAUCGAGGGGCUGUAGAAGAGCAUGUUGGUUUGGAAGAGAUCCAGCCAGCAGGCAGUUAUAGAAAUUCAAUCCAGAUUUGGAAGAUGAAGCUUUCAACUCAAUUACCGUCAGAAACACCUAUUCUGGAUUUAUGUUUAUUGCAUGAUUUUGGUGUUAUUCAUGAUCUCAAAUGGUGCCCUUAUGGAAUAUACAAGGAAGAGGUAUGCUCUGGGGGUCAAAUAAUCCAUUGA